CGGUAUAAGUCAUCCAGUGAGCAGCGACGAGAUUUGACGGACUGAGCUCGUCUGUUAUGGCCCCUCCUGCUUCAGCCGAACGGGGCAAGACGUAACAGCAGUAGCGCAGGGGGACGGGGAAUAACACUCAGCGACGCGGUGUUGUGGAGCCACCGAUCCAACAUGACAUAUCUUGAAAUGCUGGAGAAAAGGACAUAGACGAUGUGCUCGACGACGUCCCAGCUUCUGCUGUGAAGGCUUCGACAUUCCUUCCAGAUUACCAACACCCCAAAUGAACUCCGUCAGAGCAAGCAACGUUAGCAGAAGACCAAGGCGAGUAUCAAGGCCGCGCCCGGUGCAGCCGGAGAGGAACCACCAGGAAAGAGAUGAGGACGUUGCUGCAGAUAUGGUCGCAGAAGAAUCUGGUCCAGGAGCUCAGAACAGUCCAUACCAGCUUAGAAGAAAGUCUCUGCCAAAGAGAACAGUGUGUCCGACAAAGGCCAAUAUGGAGGGUGCUUCCACUUCGACAACAGAAAAUUUUGGACACCGACCUAAACGUCCCAGAGUUUCUGGAAAAUGUCAAGAUUUACCAGCAGCUCCAGCAGAACAGUACCUGCAGGAGAAGCUUCCCGAUGAGGUUGUGUUGAAGAUCUUUUCAUAUUUACUGGAGCAGGACUUGUGCCGUGCUGCAUGUGUGUGCAAGCGCUUCAGUGAGCUAGCCAAUGAUCCCAUACUCUGGAAGAGGCUCUAUAUGGAAGUUUUUGAAUACACACGCCCCAUGAUGCACCCUGAAGCUGGAAAGUUUUACCAGAUAAAUCCAGAAGAAUAUGACCAGCCGAAUCCUUGGAAGGAGAGUUUUCAGCAGCUGUAUAAAGGUGCACAUGUCAAACCGGGCUUUGCCGAACAUUUCUAUAGUAAUCCUGCCAGAUACAAAGGAAGAGACAACAUGUUUUACUAUGACACCAUUGAGGAUGCCCUUGGUGGCGGUCAGGAGCCCCACUUCGACGGCCUCAUAUUCGUCCACACUGGUAUUUACACAGAUGAAUGGAUCUACAUCGAGUCGCCCAUCACAAUGAUCGGUGCCGCUCCAGGAAAAGUCACAGAGAAGGUCAUCAUCGAGAACACCAGAGACUCCACAUUUGUAUUCAUGGAAGGCUCAGAAGAUGCUUACGUUGGAUACAUGACAAUAAGGUUCAAUCCAGAUGAUAAAUCAGCGCAGCACCACAAUGCACAUCACUGCUUGGAGAUUACAGUCAAUUGCAGUCCCAUAAUCGACCACUGUGUCAUACGUAGCACGUGCACAGUGGGGUCGGCGGUGUGUGUCAGCGGCCAGGGUGCCUGUCCUACUAUCAAGCACUGCAUCAUCAGUGACUGUGAAAAUGUUGGUCUUUACAUCACUGACCACGCACAGGGGAUAUAUGAGGACAAUGAGAUCUCGAACAAUGCUCUGGCUGGCAUCUGGGUGAAAAAUCACGGCAACCCAAUCAUCAGGAGGAAUCACAUCCACCAUGGCAGAGAUGUAGGAGUUUUUACGUUUGACCACGGCAUGGGUUACUUUGAGAGCUGCAACAUCCAUAGGAACCGCAUUGCUGGCUUCGAGGUGAAGGCCUACGCCAACCCCACGGUGGUCCGCUGUGAGAUCCAUCACGGCCAGACGGGUGGCAUUUACGUUCACGAGAAGGGCCGUGGCCAGUUCAUCGAGAACAAGAUCUAUGCAAACAACUUUGCUGGUGUGUGGAUCACCUCGAACAGUGACCCCACAAUAAGGGGGAACGCCAUCUUUAAUGGCAACCAGGGUGGAGUCUACAUUUUUGGGGACGGCAGGGGUCUCAUAGAAGGGAACGACAUCUACGGGAAUGCGUUAGCAGGGAUCCAGAUCCGAACGAACAGUUGUCCCAUCGUCAGACACAACAAGAUCCACGAUGGGCAACACGGAGGAAUCUAUGUGCAUGAGAAAGGACAAGGCGUCAUCGAGGAGAACGAGGUUUACAGCAACACGUUGGCUGGAGUUUGGGUGACGACCGGCAGCACUCCGGUGCUGAGGAGGAACCGGAUACACAGCGGGAAGCAGGUUGGGGUCUACUUUUAUGACAACGGCCAUGGAGUGCUGGAAGACAAUGACAUCUACAAUCAUAUGUAUUCUGGAGUACAGAUAAGAACUGGCAGCAAUCCCAAGAUCAGGCGCAACAAGAUCUGGGGGGGUCAGAACGGCGGCAUUUUGGUCUACAACUCAGGCUUGGGCUUCAUCGAGGACAAUGAGAUCUUCGACAACGCCAUGGCCGGAGUGUGGAUCAAAACCGACAGCAAUCCCACGUUGCGAAGGAAUAAAAUCCACGACGGAAGAGACGGAGGGAUCUGUAUAUUUAACGGUGGAAGAGGUUUGCUCGAGGAAAACGAUAUUUUCCGAAAUGCCCAGGCAGGAGUUCUCAUCAGCACCAACAGUCAUCCAGUCUUGAGGAAAAACAGGAUAUUUGAUGGCUUCGCUGCAGGCAUCGAGAUCACAAACCACGCCACGGCAACUUUAGAGGGCAAUCAGAUAUUCAACAAUCGCUUUGGAGGGCUGUUCCUGGCGUCCGGCGUCAACGUUACGAUGAAAGAUAACAAAAUACUGAACAAUCAAGAUGCCAUUGAGAAGGCUGUGAGCAGAGGUCAGUGCCUGUACAAGAUUUCAAGUUACACCAGCUACCCAAUGCACGAUUUUUACAGGUGUCACACCUGCAACACAACGGACCGCAACGCCAUCUGCGUGAACUGCAUCAAGAAGUGCCACCAAGGACACGACGUGGAGUUCAUCAGACACGAUAGGUUCUUCUGCGACUGUGGCGCCGGCACGCUGUCAAACCCUUGCACGUUAGCUGGAGAGCCGACUCACGACACCGACACACUGUACGACUCGGCUCCUCCCAUCGAGUCCAACACGCUGCAGCACAACUGAGCUUCAGCCCCAAAGCAGUGACCGGACACUUUGUUACGCAGCUGAAGAGCGAACUGAACUCUCCGUGAAACGUUUGAGGAGUCGGAUUAUACAUAUACUUCAAGGAGACGUCUAGGAAAAGAAAGGAUUUCUCUCUUUUCCCUUUUAAUUAUUUUAUAUAAGUGACUAACGGGCGUGAAGUGGGUUUGUGGGUGUGUUUGGAAAUGAAUCGACGGACGAGUACCACCAGGCUCACAAACAUCCGUGAGGAGGAAAAAAAAUUGCAGUCGUGCACAGCCCUGUAGCAGAGCCACGCUGAAAGGAGGCACAACUUUUCUCAUCUGGAGUCAAAGACGCCGAAUGCAACGAUGCUUCCAUCCCUGGGCAACAAACGUGCUUGUUCACGCACGAGAGAGAAUUGAUCCAGCACUUCAGCUUUUUUCUUUUCCCUCCAAACAAAUGUUGAGAUUUGAUUUAAAUGCUUUUGUGUAGUUUUGUAUUUUAAUGCAAAAUCUUACUGUACUUGAAUGUCUUUAUUUUAUUAAAUGUGUUUUUUUUUUUUGGUUAUUAUACCCUUCAAGUGCUGUAUUCAUGUCGCAGUAUCUCGCUUCUUUCUGUGAAAGAGAUCAGAGAAACGGGGAACAGGUUUUCUUCAGCAACAUUGACUCUGCAAUAUAGAGAAGCAAAGGCAGGGAUGUGCUUUCAUGUGCCUGCUUUGACUUUUUGGACCAACUUUUACAUGCGUUCAGAUUUGUACAGGUUGCUUAACAAACUUUUUUUUGUGGGCGGGGGGAGGGGCAUGUUUACUCACGUGGAUGGUUGCUGUUUUUUUUUACUACUUCCACUCUGGAUUUUUUUUUUUCCCUCCACAGAGGUGAGGUCCAAAAAGUGAAAGUUGUCCAGGUGAAAGUCUCUGCUACGUUCGAUCAAUGUUGCUGGAGUGCUUGACUCCACUUAAACUGAGACGAGUAUCUAUAUACAGUACAGCGCUAUAUGGUUUUAUUGACCCCUCCCCGCCCCCCCAUUCAUGUGUACUGGUGAUUGUGGGUUUUCAUUCAGACUGAAAUGUAUGCAUGUAUCAUAACAUCUAGACUUAAUAUAUUGUGAAGUAUUCAAUAACCGUUAUGUAGGCGCUAGCGUGAAUUAAAAGGGUUUAAUUUUACUAGAUGAAACAUUGUCAUUUUUAAGAAAAAAAUAAACUU